AUGAAGGUCUUUGCCAUCGCAGCCGCCUUGUCGGUGGCCGUCUCCGAGGUGUCUGGCCACUACAUCUUCCAGCAACUGGGCGUGGGCUCUUCCAAAUUUGGCGUUUUCGAGCACAUUCGCAAGAACACCAACUACAACUCCCCCGUGACCGACCUUGCGUCCACGGACUUGAGAUGCAAUGUAGGCGGCGCCAGCGGUGCGCAGACGACCGUCACCUCGGUCAAGCCUGGCGGCUCGUUCUCCUUCACCCUUGACACAGCCGUCUACCACCAAGGCCCGAUCUCUCUAUUCCUUUCCAAGGCGCCGUCUCACGUUCAGGACUACGACGGGUCUGGAAAAUGGGCCAAGUUCAAGGACUUUGGCCCGACCUUCUCCAACGGCCAGGCCACAUGGCCGAUGUACCAAACAUACGAGGCCAAGAUCCCGACCUGUCUUCCCAACGGCGAGUACCUGCUGCGCAUCCAGUCGCUGGCCAUCCACAACCCCUGGCCCGCCGGCAUCCCUCAGUUCUACAUUUCCUGUGCCCAGAUCAAUGUCACCGGAAGCAGCGCGAGCGCCUUCUCACCGACGCUGAGCAUCCCCGGUGCUUUCAAGGAGACUGACCCAGGAUACACCGCAAACAUCUACAAUGGCUUCACUUCUUAUGAAGUCCCAGGAGGCAGCGUGGUAAGUACUGAAACAGUCUCGAUUCUUAUUUUGAUGCUAAUCAUCCGCAGUGGAAUUGCUAAUUUCCACGGAAUCGUAAAGCCGCUACUCAUCAGGUCCAACAUGAAAUCACUCACUCCAAUCCUCGGCGCUCUCGCCACAUUAUGUAGCCUCACAUCGGCUCACUACCGCUUCACGAGCUUGGUGGUGGGAGGCACCAACACUGGCGAGUACGUCAACGUCCGCAGAAACACAAACCACAACAGCCCCAUCACCGACGUCUCGAGCAAAGAUAUUGUGUGUAACGCCGGCGGUCUCUCCUCCGGAUCAGCCACCAAGAUCGCUACUGUGGCGGCAGGCUCUACCGUUGGUUUCGCCAUGGACCAGUCCAUUUACCACGACGGUCCUGUGAUUGUGUGGCUGUCACCCGCAGGCUCCAGCAAUGUCACGACGUACGACGGUAGCGGACCCUGGGCCAAGAUCUGGGAGCUCGGCGCGGAGACGGGUAACGGGCAGAUCAAGUUUCCCGCCUCAAACCAAGCAGCCUUCAACUUUCAAAUCCCCUCAUGCACGCCCCCCGGAGAGUAUCUCCUCCGCAUCGAACAGAUUGGCCUGCACUCAGCCAGCGCCAAGGGCGGGGCCCAGUUCUACAUCUCAUGUGCCCAGAUCAAAGUGACCGGCUCUGGAAGUGGUCAAUUCUCUCCGACGGUCAGGUUUCCGGGCGUGUACACUGGCAACGAGCCUGGAAUCUUGAUCAACAUCUACUAUCCCGUGCCAACUAGCUACACUAUCCCAGGAGGUCCCGUAGCCAAGUGUUAA